AUGAGUAUAAUAUCUUUAGAAACUCUCACAGAAACAGAUAUAUCCGACCAAAGUUUUUCCGGCUUAAGUAGCUUGAAUGUUAGUGAUGAUGAAGGUAGUUCAGCUUCAAGUUACGGGUCGGAAGUGCACAUAACCCACACGCACCUGCAUGUGGGUGUGCGCUCAGUGUAUUACAAUUACGAAAAAUACUUUAUAGUAUUCCUUGCAGGAAUGGCAGGAUUUUGGUCAACCAUAUCUUCACCAAUUUACCUUCCAGUUCUUCCAAUUCUUCAAAAGCAAUUCAAUGUUUCUACAGAGCAGGUUAACGUGACCAUGGUUGUAUACUCCAUUUUCCAAGGUCUUGCACCUGUUCUUUUCUCGAAUUUGGCUGAUCAAUUUGGUCGCAGAAUCCUCAUAUUAUCCUGUCUAUUAAUCUAUAUGGGUGCAAAUGUUGGUCUAGCAUUAAACAAUUCAUUUGGAGUAUUAAUUUUUUUCAGAUGUCUUCAAGCAUUUGGAAUUUCUCUGACUGUGUCGAUAUCUUCCGGCAUUGCCAGUGAUAUCACUACCAGGGCAGAAAGAGGGUCAUUCAUUGGUAUUUCGACCGGUUUGUCUCUUCUUGGUCAAGCAUUUGGGGCAUUUAUUGGUGGAUUAAUUGAAAAUUCAUUAGGUUGGAGAGCUAUAUUUUGGUUCUUGGUAAUAAGUUCUGGAAUAACCUUCUUUGUAAUCUUCAUUUUCCUUCCUGAAACAAGUAGAUUUAUUGUUGGAAAUGGUUCUAGUUUACCAAUGGAAAGAAAAUUUGUUUUAGUGGCCCCCAUUCUUCUUUUACCAUGUUUAAGUAAAAGAAGAACUACUGAAAACAAAUCUAUAGAGGAAAAAAAGCCAUUUACAUUUUUAUGCCCGUUUCGUAUCCUAGUUAAGAAGGCUGUCUAUUUGACAUUGCUUCCUUCCUCAAUCAGUUAUGCCACAUGGCUUAUGAUGCUUACAACCCUUUCCACUUCCCUUUCCUCUACUUAUGGAUACAAAACCCUUGAUAUUGGAUUGUCAUAUAUCCCAAGUGGGUUAGGUGGACUUUUGGGUUCUGUAACAAGUGGGAAACUAUUGGAUUUGCUGUACAAACGCGAAUAUAAAAAAUACACCUAUACAAAGGACCAUGCUUCAACGGAGCAUCCAGCUAAACGGUUCAAUAUCUUCAAGGCAAGGUUAAGUGUUUGUAUUUUCCCCACUAUUCUUUCUGUGGUUGGCGUAUUACUUUUCAGCUGGUCAAUCCAAUACCAUCGUAACGUUGCCAUACCGUUAGUUGGCUCAUUUCUUGUCAGUUAUGCAGCCAUGAACUUCAUGACCAUCUCCACCACUCUUCUCGUGGAUUUGUUCCCAGCACAAUCUUCUGCCUCCAGUUCUUGUGUUAAUAUCACACGAUGUUGGUGUGCAGCCAUUCUAAUUGCGGCCUUGAGUAAAAUGGUUGACUCUAUGGGUAUUGGUGGAUGUUAUACCUUAAUGAGUGGACUACUCAUGGUAACAUCUCUCACCAUUCCUUACAUUUUGUACAAAUCAGAUACAUGGCUUGAAGAUGAAUUAUAG